CAACUGCUUAUUCUUUAGAAUCUCCGCUCCCUUCUCAUUUUAUUAUUCGCAGACAUUAGCCUUCUUUUCUCUGCUCUUUCUUCUCUCUCUCUCUCACUCUCUCUCUCUCUCGCUCUAGGGUUUUGCAUACUAUAUAUAGAUAUACAAUACAUACACAUAUACACACCAACCUCAUAAGUAUCUUCGUAUCUUCCUGAAUCAAUGGCUUUCUCUUCUCUUCUCAAACCUACCGCCUCCUUUGUUCGACCUUCCCAUCGUUCCCAGACAUCAUGUGCAGGACUUCAUCAGAGUGCUAACUCUGUCAAAUUACAAUCGUCCAUCUUCGGAGAUGCUGUCUCAGUCAUGCAAUGUUCGUCCUUACAAAAAUCUGGUGCCUGCAGCAUUCAACCUGUUAGAGCAACUGCUACUGAGUUGCCUCCGACAGUUCCAAAGUCACGGACCAGUGGGAAGACAAGGAUUGGUAUAAAUGGUUUUGGACGGAUUGGGAGAUUGGUAUUACGAGUUGCAACAUUCAGGGAUGAUAUUGAAGUUGUGGCAGUUAAUGACCCAUUCAUUGAUGCAAAGUACAUGGCUUACAUGUUCAAGUAUGACUCCACUCACGGGGUCUACAACUCAUCCAUCAGUGUCCUGGAUGAGUCUACUUUGGAAAUCAAUGGGAAGCAGAUUAAAGUCAGUAGCAAAAGGGAUCCUGCAGAUAUUCCAUGGGGCGAUUUAGGUGCAGAUUAUGUUGUUGAAUCUUCUGGUGUUUUCACAACCGUUGAGAAGGCCUCAGCACAUAAGAAGGGUGGUGCAAAAAAGGUCGUAAUCUCAGCUCCAUCAGCUGAUGCACCUAUGUUUGUGGUAGGAGUGAAUGAGAGAACUUACAAAACCACCAUGGAUGUUGUUUCUAAUGCUAGCUGUACUACCAAUUGCCUUGCUCCCCUUGCCAAGGUGGUUCAUGAGGAGUUUGGCAUUGUUGAAGGAUUAAUGACAACUGUGCAUGCAACAACAGCUACCCAAAAGACUGUUGAUGGGCCAUCGAUGAAGGAUUGGAGAGGAGGCCGUGGUGCAGGACAAAACAUCAUCCCUAGUUCAACUGGUGCUGCGAAGGCAGUAGGAAAAGUUCUGCCAGAAUUGAAUGGGAAGCUCACUGGAAUGGCUUUCCGCGUUCCAACACCUAAUGUCUCUGUUGUGGACUUGACUUGUCGGCUAGAGAAGAGUGCUUCUUAUGAUGAUGUGAAAGCAGCGAUAAAGUAUGCAUCAGAGGGUCCACUUAAAGGCAUUUUGGGUUACACAGACGAGGAUGUUGUCUCAAAUGAUUUUGUUGGCGAUUCCAGGUCGAGCAUAUUUGAUGCUAAAGCUGGUAUAGNCCCCUCCCCCUCCUGUCCAUACCCCUAUAGCACAGAACUGACUAGGUUCUACUGGACUUUAAACCUUUGCAGCAACCGAGUGUUGGACCUCAUAGAGCACAUGGCAUUGGUAGCAGCCACCAAUUGAAAUCUACAAAAUUUGGCGCAAGCAACAAUUUGUAUUUGAAAAACUUAUGGAGUUAUAAUGCUCCAUUUUGGUUAUGGAGUGGGUUCUGUUACUGUCAUAUCAGAAUACAAAUUGAGUUAAAAUAAUAAAUAGUUGGACAUGUAUGAUUUUUUACACUUUUUGUUCAGGAUGUGCUUAUAUACACUUUUUGAUGCAUUA